GCGGUGGGGAGGAGGCUCGGUAGCCCGGAGGGCGGAGGACGCUGCGCAGUCCCAGCCUGGAGCUUCAAAACAGCCGGCGCCUCGCCCCACGCGCAGCCCGCCACUGUGUCCAAACACCCGUGCCCGGUUUGGAUUUGUCUCUUGCCGUCUUUGUCUCCUCAUCCCUCUCUGGACUUCCCACUGCUCCCUUGGCCUUCACUGCCCUGUGAACAUGUUGGUGAUUCUUGCCUUCAUCAUUGUCUUCCAUAUUGUGUCCACGGCAUUCCUGUUCAUUUCUACCAUUGACAAUGCCUGGUGGGUAGGAGAUGGCUUCUCAGCUGACCUCUGGAGAGUGUGCACCAACAGCACAAACUGUACAGAGAUCAAUGACCUGAGUGGCACUAAUACGUUUAAAGGUUACUCUGUGAUGCAGGCGGUGCAGGCCACCAUGAUUCUCUCCACCAUCCUCUCCUGCAUCUCCUUCCUCAUCUUUCUGCUCCAACUCUUCCGCCUCAAGCAGGGAGAGAGAUUCGUCCUGACAGCCAUCAUCCAGCUCAUGUCCUGUCUGUGUGCCAUGAUCGGGGCUUCCAUCUAUACAGACCAGCGCCAAGACCUUCACCAACAGAACUUCAACCUCUAUUACCUACAGCAGGAAGGCACCUACGGCUACUCUUUCAUCCUGGCCUGGGUGGCGUUUGCCUUCACUUUCAUCAGCGGCCUCAUGUACAUGAUCCUGAGGAAGCGCAAAUAAGUGUCAGAAGCCUGGCCACUCUCCCACAGUGUGACAUCCUUGGUCACAUAACCAUUUUGUAUAUAAUCAUUUUUUGUGUUUUUUUUUCUAGCAAACAUAUUGUUUCCUUUAAAAGCUUUUAUAAAAAAGGAGGAGGAGGAGAAGGAGGAGGAGGAGGAGGAGAAGGAGGAGGAGGAGGAGGAGGAGGAGGACGACAGGGAAGAGGAGUUUCUGCAUUCUUGGGAUCACAGGCCAGACCAUGAAAGCUGGCAUUCAGAAUGCCUGCCUACUAAAAGUCUCAGCGAGGCCCAGCAAGAGCCACAAGAUGCUUCUUACUGGGGGCGGCUCUGGGUGUGGGUGUGGCCAAAGGUGGGGAAAGCCAGUGUUUGGGAGCAGGCUCUUUGUAGGAGUCUGCCCCCACCUCUUCCCCUGCACACUCCUCUCUGACAGCUACAGGUGGGAUGAUGAGGACCCAAAUGUGAGACAUCUAUGCUCAGAUAUUAAACCUAAGUUCAUGGAAGAAGUGGGCAAAGGCUGACCCUGGUCUGUCUGUAAGGGACUCAGACUUUUGCAACCCCCCUGCCAUGAGUUAGGUCAUCACACUAAUUUGUUGAUGUUUGCUCAUGUUUGCCUCAAGGAUAGUGACCCUUGACCCAGAUGUCAUUAAGUGUCCAUAGGUAAUUCCAUAGAGCAUCUAUUACAUGUCGAUUCACAAGUCUACUUCCAAGACCCUCAGAAUCCUGUAUUAAAGGGCUGGGCCUGGGCGUCUGAAUUUCUGAUAAGCUCCCUGGAAUAUGGUUAAAUACACUAAAACUGGAGGUCAGAGCCCUAGAAUGGGGGAGCACAGCCACCCUGUAAAUGUUGCCAGACUCAUCACAAUGAGAUGGCCCCACUGCCAGCCACAUCUUCGCCUCUACCAGCUCUUGCUACCUCUUCCACAGGUGCUUACAUCUGAGAUACUUGUGCCCCACUCCCAGGCCAUAAGCCUAUACCUGGAAGGUGGGCUGGGUAACCGCUUCCCUGACCUACAUCAGAAGGUCUCUCCUUUUUUUCCUGCCCUUCUUUCUAAUGUGGAUGCUUCCAUUAGGUCUCUGUUUCUGGAGCCUUGGAAGAUCCAUCUUCCAUUCAUUCAUCCACUCAUCCAUCAUUCAGCAUGAAUGGGUCUUGUCACGUGUUGGUUGCAAGGGACACCCUUUCAAAAGAAUCCCUCACAAGACUCACAGUCUAGUGAAGAGCACAUGCCAGAAACCAAUUGAACUACUAGCCAUGAUUGAACAGCAGGGAUUCAAAGCCUCCAGGGUGAGAGGGAGCUUGCUUUCUCUGUGUCUUCUUUUAAGUGCCUUGAUGGAUCUCAAUUGCUCUGAACAGAGGUCCACAUGCUCCAGUGCCAUUCAUUGGGUAGUGCCCGCAGGGUUUCACCAGAGAAGACUUCUCUAGAGCAUCCUGUACUCCCCACAGGGAGACAGGAAAGGAUUCCCAGAGCCAUAGCUUUUAAGAUGGUCCUAGAAGGAAAAUCCAGUCAUUCCCAAGGGUUCCCUGAAACAUGAGGCCAUGGGAGGUUGUCAGUAGUCCUGAAGGAGUGACGUUCACACCAGAGACCCAGGAGCUCUAUGAAGGCAACCUUCUCCCUCUGACACCCUUUUCCAUUUUUGAGCAUCAAGUUGGAGAGGUAACUCUGAGACAGGGUUGCUUAAACACAUCCACAUGUGAGCUGCCUGAGGGGAGGGGACGCUUGUCACUAGCUCUGUCCCAGAGGGGCCAGGGGAUAAUGGGUCUGAGUGGCUUUAGGGCCAUCAUUGGCACCUUCUCAGUACAAACUGGCUUCCCUCCUUUCCCCCCUCUCCUCUAUCCCCCUUUCCUUCCUUCCCUUAGAGGGACUGCCAAGGUGACACAGGGCAGUGACAGGACAAAUGAUCACCUAUUGCCUUAAUGAACUUUCUACAACUCACUGUUGGCUAGAUCGUAGAAUUGGCUCCAUGCCUUAUGAAGCCCAAGGAAGGAGUCCAGUCUAAAGUGUCCUCUAUACCUUCCCCUUGGGAGCUUUUCUGUAAUAGUUGUUUAAAAAUCGUUCUGAUGAUCAUGAUGGAAACAAACAAACCACCUUAGACCCAGAGGCAUGAAAGCUUGGCCUGAGCCAGCACAAAUUCCCACCUCAGAACCCCCAGGGCUACAGAAAUGUCCUUGUCCAGUGCCAUGGGAAUAGCCCUGUGGGUUGUCUCUGCUUGCCACUGUGGCCAGCAUUCAGUGCCUAGAUAGAGUGCCUGUGACAUGAGAAGUGCCUCUCCUGCUGUGUGCCCUGCAUUUGGGAUGCUAAGAAGAGGUGAGGGUGUGAGAGAGAACAGAUCCACCCUUCUAGGUAGGACCAGCUCUCAAUUGGUGCUUAUCACUAGUUGUCAAAGAACAACAGCAGAGUCAGCCGCGGUACCCAAGAAGUGAGUAUUAGGACCAAACCUGUCACUGUAUUUAAAGGAACUCUAGUUUGCAUAUCUUACAUUUUUAUAAAGUACUGUAAUUCAGGGGGUGGGGCAUGCAACAGAGACAGACUAACCCAUGUUUGUCAUUUGCAUUAAAAUUAUUUUGGGUCUCUGUUUAAAGAA